GUUCACCCCCUCCCUUUCCUCCACUCCACCCCCCCGGUCGCUCUCCCACCCGCAUCCCAACCCCGCGCCCGGACGGUGCCUGGUGCCGCGCGUCUCCACUGAUCCGCGCGGGCUCGCCCGGCGCGCCGGCCGCGGCCCCGGCCGGCCGGGUGAGUGAGCGAGCUGCAUGGAUCCCCCGGGGCCAGCCGGGCCGUCCUCGGCGGCGGGGGGCGACGCGCAGCAGCAGCACCAUGUGCAGCCGCUGGCACAGGCGCAGCCGCAGCCGCAGCAGCAGGCCGCGCCGGCGCCGGCGCCGCCGCAGCAGCUGAGCAGGUACGAGUCGCAGAAGCGGCGGGACUGGAACACGUUCCUGCAGUACCUGCGGAACCACCGCCCGCCGCUGACGCUGGCGCGGUGCAGCGGCGCGCACGUCAUCGAGUUCCUCAAGUACCUGGACCAGUUCGGCAAGACCAAGGUGCACGCCGCCGGGUGCGCCUACUUCGGACAGCCCAGCCCGCCGGCGCCGUGCCCGUGCCCGCUGCGCCAGGCGUGGGGCUCCCUCGACGCGCUCAUCGGCCGCCUCCGCGCCGCCUACGAGGAGAGCGGCCACCCGCCGGAGUCCAACCCCUUCGCGGCCCGCGCCGUGCGGAUCUACCUCCGCGAGGUCCGCGACUCGCAGGCCAAGGCGCGGGGCAUACCCUACGAGAAGAAGAACCGCAAGCGCAAGCAGCCCGCGCCGCCGGCCCCAGGGGAGGCGUCGGCGUCAUCGGCCGCCGCGGCAGCACGGGAGGCUGCUGCUGCUGCCGCCGCGAGCGGAGGAGACGGGUCCAGUGGCAGCCCGGCGGCGGCGCCAGCUGCACCGGCGACUGGCCAGGCGGGAGGGAGUGGUGGCGGUACUACUGCUGCACCGGCCAGCACAUCCCGAGUAUAGUAGAAUCACUUUGCAAACCAUGGUCUAUUUGCUUCUGUACGUCUCGCUAGCUAUACCUCGAGCUUUGCAAAAUUUGAGCUAUUUCUUUCUUCUGCCAUUUGGUUUCAGCGUCCUUACUUCUUGCUCUUUAGAAAUUGCCUCUCCUGCUUGCUGGUA